UUAUCGAUCGCACCUUCGCAACGAGUGCAUGCAGUCACUGAUUGUAUAAAGAGAUGCAGAUGCGUUGGCAUAAUUAUUAUCAUUCCUAACCGCAAAGUCGAGAGGGUUACAAAACAUUACUCAUCAGCGGCUAGCCUGGAUGGAGAACCUAACACCUGCACCCCUAUCUUGUAUGAGUCAGCGCGGGAGGAGAAGAGAUGCUGCCCUGGUAUUCAGUUGGAUCUUUGUUUGGAUCUUUGUGCCAGCCCUCUUUGGUGGAGCGUUUUCUCAGCCCCUCAACCAGACCUACAUUCUCCAGCCAUGUCCGAUAAACAAAUCCCUUGUAAUUGUGUCUGUCACGUGGGGGAAGGGGUCAGCAUACCCAAGAGAUGAAACGGUGAUCGCCGAAAGAAACCGCAAAGACAAGGAUGAACAUACAAAUGAACACUUUUCAGUAGACAAAGAGUACCAACUUGUCAUCCAGAAUGCUACUCCGAACGACAUGGGAAUAUACUGGUGUCAGGACUCUGGAUUGGUAGUCGACUAA